CCUGUGUUCCUGGUAUCAUGGCCUGUGUGGAACCUGCCAUGGUGACUUCCACCAUUACCCUUCCGCGUUUUCCUGCCGCUCUCGGGCUGUGACGUGUCGUGCUGACGGCGGCCUCGGAGCUGGAGAAACGGGGGGCUGUAGCAUGACAAGACCUGGCUCCAGACAGAGCUCCAGAAACCACCCGUGACCCCUCCUUCUCUGCGAUACUCCGGCCCGCCCAAAUACCACCAAAUUCCCGACUGAAUCCUGCCCGAGUCUGGGGGAAGCAGGCGGCCUGCGGGAGCCGAGGAGCGGACGGAGGCCAGCCCUGCAGUGGAAAUCUGGUUUCCAUCAACAAAUGCAGUGCGAGGACAAUGGAUGAGGAUGUCACCAGGCUGUCAAUACAUUCUGAGGAGCCUAAAAUAAUUUUGCACGGAUCGGAUGAGGGUGGUGCCGGCGGGCAGGAGUUUGUUGUGGAACUUCAAGAGACUGUGUUGGUGUCAGAAGGCGAGGGGGAAGGAAUGGCAGUUCACAGAUUCGCACCGGACGAGCUAGUCAUCCAGGAUGCUGUUGAGGAUGUGGUUUCUGAGUAUGUUCACUGCGAUGAAGAUGAAGAUGUCGCUGUAGAACCCUGUGUGAUGGCCUUGGAGGGCGAAGAGGAAGGUGUUGCCAUGGGAGACAUUCCAGAAGAUGCUCUAGACUCACAGCAGGAUGAAGACCAAGAUGGCUGUGGAGAUUAUCUCAUGAUAUCCUUGGAUGAAGCUGGGAAAAUGGUGUCUGAGGAUGGUACUGAGGUCACUGUGGAGGGAGAUGUGGAGGACCAGGAGGUAGAGAAGGAUGAGGAUGGACAAGAGGUGAUAAAGGUGUACAUCUUCAAGGCAGAUUCUGGGGAGGAUGACAUGGGUGAGUCUGUGGACAUAAGUGACGGCGACAUGGAGAGCAUGGCAUUAACCGAAUCUUCAAGCCAAGCGCUUCGUGAGAAGAUGGUGUACAUGUCUGUCGGGGAUUCCCAGUUCAACAGAGGGUCUCACGGUGGGUCCAAGGUGACAGAUGAGGUUUAUAUGGAGUUGAUGGUUGAAGGGGCGGACGACGGCGAAGGCUGCGAGAACCGCAACGGUGCUGCAAGUGCGCUGCUUCACAUCGACGAGUCGGACCGGGCCGAUCAGAUCACUAGGCAACGCAGCAAGAGCAAGCGACGGUCUGAACCCCGACAAGUUCAAACAGCCAUCAUCAUCGGCCCGUAUGGUCAACCUCUGACGGUCUAUCCCUGUAUGCUGUGUGGCAAAAAGUUCAAAUCCCGAGGCUUCCUUAAACGCCACACCAAGAACCACCACCAGGACGUCCUGACAAGGAAGAAGUACCAAUGUACGGACUGUGACUUCACCACGAACAAGAAGGCCAGCCUCCACAACCACAUGGAGGUGCACGCCCUGAGCAGCAAGGCCCCGUUUGAGUGCGAGAUGUGCGGAAAAGAGUUCCACCAGCAGUCUGCGCUGUUCUCCCACAGACUACAGCAUCACCACAGAGAGCCUAAGACUCAUCCGCCUCCACCUCCCACCAAGAUGCAUAAAUGCAAAUUCUGCGACUACGAAACCGCCGAACAGGGACUGCUAAAUAGACACUUGCUGGCGGUUCACAGCAAAAGCUUCCCACACAUUUGCGUGGAAUGCGGAAAAGGCUUCAGACACCCAUCCGAGCUGAAGAAGCACAUGCGAACGCACACAGGGGAGAAGCCGUACUCCUGCCUGUACUGCGACUACAAGUCUGCUGACUCGUCGAACCUCAAGACACACAUCAAGACUAAGCAUAGUAAAGAGAUGCCAUACAAAUGCGAGCGCUGUUUCCAGACCUUCGCCGAAGAGGAGGAGUUAAUGCAGCACGGACUGACGCACGAGGAAAAUAAAACCCACCAUUGUGCCCACUGCGACCACAAAAGCUCCAACUCCAGUGAUCUCAAACGCCAUAUCAUAUCUGUUCACACUAAGGACUAUCCACACAAAUGCGCCGUGUGUGGCAAAGGUUUCCACCGCCCCUCCGAACUCAAGAAACAUUCGCUGGCCCACCGCUCCAAGAAGCUCCACCAGUGCCGCCACUGCAACUUCAAAAACGCCGACCCGUUCGUUCUUAGUCGCCAUAUCCUGUCUGUUCAUACGAAAGAGCAGCAGGCGUCCCCGGAAAAACCGGAGACCAAGAGGACAGAGACUCCGGUAGCCACCUCGAAAAAGUCUGCGUCCAGCAGUUCAGGCACUUCUGGCACGCCUGCGCGUGUCAGUGCUGCCAGCUUAGCCAGCAGUGUGACUGUGGUGAUCGGCAAAGGACAAAAAGAGAGGAGAAUUUACCAGUGCCAAUACUGCGACUACAGCACGGGGGACGCUUCUGGUUUCAAGCGCCACGUGAUUUCCAUUCACACGAAGGACUACCCGCACCGCUGCGAGAUCUGUUCGAAAGGCUUCCGACGGCCCUCCGAGAAAAACCAGCACAUCAUGCGACACCACAAAGAUGUCGUCCAGACCGACUGACAGUUGAGUCGGUGACUGUUGGCCCCCAACCCACCCCCCAAUCACUGCACCGCACCAGUCACAUGAGAGCAAUGUGUAGGUGCGUGCUGCACUUAGUUCUUCUCCUGUUUUGCUCUCCUCAGUCCAGGAAUACUUUGUGUGUGUGUGUGUGUGUGUGUAUAUAUUCCGCCCCGCGUCAGAGGUGGCAACCGAACUUGCUGUAGACUUGCACUUGUAACUGCAUGUCCCUUACUGGUGACAGUGUGCAUGACAGACUGUGCAAAUGCCUCUUUGUAGAUACACUUUUCAAUUUUUUGCAGGCAGCAAUCAACUGGUCUCCAAACCUAAGUGUGUUUUGCAAAACAAAUGUUUUUUUUGUCUUUGUUAAAAUGUACUGAACACAAAAGUAUGGAUUAGCAACCUGUUUCUGUAGCACUUGCGACGUUGGUAGAGAUCAUGAAUGCUGUACUUUGAUUCUUGUGAAAGUGUGAACGCAAGGAAGAGGCAGAGUGACUGACAAAAAAAUGACUCUCCUGAUUCUCGGACAUCACCUCUCAUUUUGUGGUGUUGGUGGUAACCGCAGCAAAGGGAACAACACCCUGAUGUAUGGUGCAUCUUGAAGUUAUGGAACCAACAGUACAAGCUGGUGGAAAGUCCCCGGGGCAAAUGGAUACAUUCUAGUGGAAGUUGCUGAGAGUACGAUCCCAAAAACGCUCUUGUAUUGUGUCCAGGUAGAAACUGACAGUAUUUCUUCUCGCUAUAAAAGAAAUAUGACUGAUGGGGGAAACUACUUCUCAAUAACAGAUGUCCUAGAAUAAUUUUCAUUCUUAUACCACUUACUGAACAACUCAUUUGGUUGUCAUGUGUUCAUGCCCUCAGAAUUGACUCAAUUGUAGAGACAUCCUUUGUAGACGGAACUGUAGUGACUUUUCUCACCUGGUCUGCCGCCAUUUUUUUCCCAUGACAAUUCGCAUUUGAUUUAAUACCUUUAAAAACAAGGCAAAGGUUUUAUGCUUUUUUUUUUAAACACUUUACACUAAGUCUAAACUGAAGACCUCCAACUCUUGCUCUUAUGGAACAAAAAAAAGUGUUUUUGCCAGUGGAGUAACAGAUAUACAACAAUAUCUGCGAAAAUGCAACUUCUGAAAACAGGUGCUGCUGUUCAGUGUACUGUGGCUUUUUUUUUUUUUUUUUUUUACACUUUUCCAUUUGUGAUCUUUUUUUUAACGUAUUUAUUUCAAUUACAAGUUGUUGUAUAGUUGCGUGUAACUAGACUUCUAUGGGACGUAAAUUAUUGUUUUGUAUACAAAUCUGUACAGAGCGUGUAGAUGUAAACACUUGCUGAAAAGAAAAUCUCAACUGUGUUGUUAUGGAUGUACUGCAAUGUAUUUGUUACAAAAAAC